CACUUGGAUGGGUGUCGCCCCGAGGUCAGUGCGUGUGUGCGCCCGUCCCCCGUUCCCGCCCGCUCCUCUCUCGCUCUCUCGCUCCCAUUCCCUUUUCCUGUGCAAGUUUCUUACCCCGUGACAUUGAACAAGCUCUCCUUCUCCAGCUCAGCUUCAAUCUUCAUCAACUCCACUCCAUCAACUUCUUGUCCGAAGCUCAUCUUUUCCAUCCUUCAUCAACUCACAUUCCAUCGCAAUGGCUUCCUCUCUCCGCAUGGCUGCCCCCAAGAUGGCCUCGAUGGCCGCCCAGAGCUCCGUCAAGGUCGCUCGCCCGAUGAUGAAGGUCCAGCAGCUGCAAAAGUUCUCCCGUGCCUACUCCGGUAAGCUUGCCAUUGGAGCUUCAUCACCCUGACGGUCCUCGAACCGCGAGAAGGCCAUCAGCGAAUCGAUCAAUGCUGACCUGUCAUCUUCGGUAUUUCAGCUGCCACCCGCCAGACCACCGCCUUCAACACCAUGAAGCGCACCUCCACCAUCAUGAACUCAGCCCGCUUCGGUGCUCAGGCUACCCGUGCCUACUCCUCGGAGAUGGCCAACGCCCUCGUCCAGGUCUCCCAGAACAUUGGUAUGGGUAACGCUGCCAUCGGUCUCGGUGGUGCUGGUAUCGGUAUCGGUCUCGUUUUCGCCGCUCUCCUCGGCGCCGUUGCCCGCAACCCAUCUCUCCGUGGCCAGCUCUUCUCCUACGCCAUUUUGGGUUUCGCUUUCGUCGAAGCCAUUGGUGUAAGUUGUUACCAGAAUGAGAUGGACACCAUAGGAAUCCACGAAUUGAUGAUGACUGACACAAUGCCAACUAUAGCUUUUCGACCUGAUGGUUGCCAUGAUGUGCAAGUACGUCUAAGCGAAGGUUCAGGAUAUCGCAUUGCAGCCGGCCAGCGUUGUAUCAGUAUAGAACGGACACGAGUCGUUGAGGAGGUUUCAAGAUGCUCAUUGGCGUCAACAUUAUCGCCGCUGGUCGAACCAAUCAGUGUCGGUGUGCCAUUGUACAUACUUAAUCGAAGCUUUGCUUCGACCUCACACGAGGGUGAAAAUUUUUCCUUUGUCGAGCAACUCCUUCUUCCCACUAAUACUCAGUGCGCGUGAAACAUUUCCAUCAGCCAACUACCGCGCGCAUGACAGUUUUGCAACGCCGAACUCAAACAAACCGAACGCAGCGAGUUACACCGCCAUGUACGGGACUCACGAUCGACGACUGACACCCGAGAAUC